AUGACGACGCUGCAGUCCCUUCUCGAACAGUCACAGCGACUCGAGUCGAACCAGCUCUCGUCGACGCUCUCGCUGCCCUCCGCGACGACCGCUGCCCGCUCUGGCGCGCCGUCCUCGUCUUUCCCUUUCGACGCUCACCACCCCUCUUCCGGUGCUCUCUCGAACGAUCGUCGACUGCCGACCAUCCAGCUCGGCUUGGACCAGAUCGAGGCUCAGUCGAGGCGGAUCGCGGCCAAGAGCAUCCAGCACAGGCAGCCCCACGCCCAUGCCAAUCCCAAUCCCAAUCCCAAUCCCAAUGCGUCAGUGCAGUUCUCGACUCAGCCUCUACCGUCUACCUCGUCUCACUCUUGGCAAACAUCUCCACGCUCCACAGCGCGUUCCUCUUGGCCCAUGCCGGUGUCAACGCCGACCAGUUGCAAUCGACCGUCGAGCACGUCAACCUCGCCGGCACCUUUGAGCCCCUGUUGCCGCUCAACGACACCGAUGUCCAGGUCGGUACAACGGCCCCACCACCCCACCCCAUCCACUCCCACCCCCGCACAGCUCACUCCAGCAAGCUCUCUCUCUCUUACUCCCCCAACCCGCAGGGCUUCCUCACCCACACCCACGAACAGACCAUCAUCGCCGCGAUCGAACAAGGCCGCCGUCAGACGACCGCAGAUUUCUACCGCUCUCUCGACGCGUCGAUCCGUCACGACUGGGAACGACAAAAGGAGAACCUCUUUGACGAGCUGGGUCGUCAUCAACCGGGCUAUGCUUCCGGCUCAUCCUCAACCGCGCCCGCGACGAGUUCGACUCCCAAGCGAGGCCUAGCCCCUUUCGCUCAGCACCGCGCCGUGAGUACCGCCCGCGCCCAGUGGGUCUCUGUACUGAGAAUCCCGUUCGUACUCGAGCCCACAGUCUCCCCUCGCCCCGUUGCCCUCGUCCUCGACCGCGGGGGGCAACAAUCCGUCCGGUUCGCUACAGAUGCACUCCCGCAUGAUGCGCUACGACCGAGUCGUACGUCGGCUCAACGAAUUCCGCAAGCAAGGCUUCGCAUUCGCGCUCGUCUCCGCAUUCGGUGAAGCCAGUAUCGGCGUCGGAGCCAACACCACCACCCACCGCGCCGGGGAUCCGAAAGCGACUCAGACGACCGAGACGUGGCGUUUGCUCGCUCAUGUGGUGCAGGAACGUGAUGUCCUCAAUGGCGAGUUCCAGCGCAAGGCGUUGCAGGAACGCCAGUAUGCUGCGGCCUAUCUUGGCCUGGCUCAGGAUGCAGUUCAGCCUGCGCAGUUGAGAAAGAUGAUCGCCGAGGGGGCGAAGCAUCAUCUCGAGGAGCAGUCAGUUCAGCACCGUCUUCCAUUCAGCCGGGGUCCCCAUUCUGAUGCCACUUCUCGCCCUCACCAGGUUCAUGAACUACGUCGAGAAGCUCUUGGCUUCGAGACCGACCGAGGCGGGCUUGGGAGGUGUGCCUUCGUUGCAGAACAAGAUCCGCGCUUUCCUCAACGUCAAGUACCACAAGAAUGGCCAGUGGACCAACCCGAACCUCGAAGUACGUAGACCCGUGCGGUCACCUUCGCAGAAGAAACUCAUUCUCGUCUCUCGUCCCACAGAUCGCCAACAACACCCCCGUCUGGGCUCGAAUCUACUACCUCCUCCGCGCCGGACACCCUUUCGAAGCUCUCGCCUUCGCGACCGAGAACGAAGCCCAGAUCCAGAAACUCGAAAAGAGUUUCGUCGCGUACCUCAAAGCCUACCUCGACAGUCCCGAUCAAAGACUACCCAAACUCUUGCGCGAUCGGUUCUUGUCCGAGUACAAUCAACGCAUUCGGUAUUUGACCGAUACGUCCGAUCCUUACAAGCAUGCGUUGUACAAACUCAUCGGGAGGGUCGAGAUCAAUCGCAGGAACGUACCGGGCGUGACGCAGACGACGGAGGAUUGGUUGUGGUUCCAACUUUCGCUUGUGAGGGAGGCCGAGGCCGGUGGGGUCGUAGGCACCGAGGCACCACAUGAGAGGUAUGGCUUGAGGGAUCUGGCCAAAGUGUUGGUCAAGUUCGGGGAAGCGCAUUUCGAUCCAAAGGGGAAUCGACCCAUGUUGUACUUUCAGGUCCUCUUGUUAAGUGGUCAAUUCGAAAGGGUGAGUCAAUUCGGGCCAAGGGGGAACUUCAAGUUGGGUCUGGCUCAUCUCCCUUUUGAGCUCGGUCACAGGCGAUCGCUUUCUUGCACCAACAUUCGCAAUUCCAUGUCGAUGCUGUUCAUUUCGCUAUCGCUUUGGAGUACUAUGGGCUACUUCGCAUCCCUUCCGCGCCGCACACUUCGGACGUCGACCUUUGUAAGCACACAACCCCAGAUUGUGCCCGGGAACAAAUCAGCUAACUUGCUCAUUUUACCCUCAUAGUGGUCGUUGAACAAGACUCCUCGGGCUACGAUCUCGCCUCGAUCCACUUUGCUCGUCUGCUGCACCGUUACACCCGCUCGUUCGCCCAGACGGACACCGAAGAAGCCCUCAACUACCUCUACCUCAUCUGUCUCAAUGCCGACCUACCCGCACCUUUAGGUCCAAACCAAAUUAAAUCCUGCCACGACCACAUCCGACAACUCGUCAUGGAAACGCGAAAUUAUGCUCAACUGCUAGGCGACGUCAAGAACGAUGGCACCAAAGUUCCCGGCUUGAUCGAACGCGAUCUCAAAUUGAUCCAUCUCAAGGAUGAGAGGAGUUAUUUGUUCGAGAUCGUCAAGAGCGCUGCGACGAGGGCCGAUCAGGAGAAGAGGUUCUCCGAGGCGAUCUUGUUGUAUAAUCUUGCGGAUGAGUGGGAUAGCGUUAUUGCGGUUCUGAACGCCGAAUUGGGGCAGUCGUUGACGAAACCUUCCAGCCACGUCGAAGGAGCAAAUCGAGGAGCGAACGAAGAUUACUUCUCCAAAUCGAAUGCGACGGUGGGAAUGGCAGCCGGUCAAGAGGAUAUCGCUCAAAUCGCGCACUCGAUCCUCCAACACUACGAUCGACAAGCAGGUGGAGCAGGCGGUCGCAUCUCUCGCAAGAACCGCGAGACGUGUCAUGUCCUCCUUCGUCUCAAAGAAGCCAUGACCCUCAACGAACAAGGCCACUUUGAGAAAGCGCUCCAAACGAUCCAAGACGUCAACCUCGUACCCUUGCAUGGUGAUCUCGUAGCCAUCAUUCGAGCAGCAGAGGAAUUCAAGUCGUUGGACGAGACCUUGGUUCGCAAUUUCGAUACCAUCUUGUUGACGACGAUGCAGUUGAUCUACAAGAUCCACCAGGCGUUCAAGAGUAGUCCUUUUGGGGAUGCGGCGAGGCAACAGAGCAUGGUCGAGUUGAGGCAGAAAGCCAGGAGUUUGAUGAUGUUCGCAGGGAUGGUGAGUUUUGGAAUACGGGCGAUCGGUUCGAGUUGGUUUGUGCGAAUCACUGAAUUAUCGACUGUUGACGUUCUUGCAACCAGCUGAGGUACCGCUUGACGAGCGAGACCUACUCUCAACUGACUCGAUUGGACGUGUUCAUCCAUUGA